AUGGAGGUGAGGUCAUUGUUGAAGUCAUCUGAGAAAAGUCCAGGUGAAACGGAGAGUUCCGGUUCAAUCUCAUCUCUUUCAGAAAGGUUCUCUGAUGAUCAGGUAUAUACAACACAAGCUGCUUUAUCUCCUGAAGUCACGUCUAAGUCUUCACCAAAUGACGACGUUAGUACCCCUAAAAAGAGUAAAGAAGAAGUUACGGAUGUAAAGAUUCUUACAGACAAAUUAGCUGCUGCUCUACUGAAUAUUAGUGCCAAAGAAGACUUGGUAAAGCAGCAUGCUAAAGUUGCAGAGGAAGCUGUAUCAGGCUGGGAGAAGGCGGAAAAUGAAGUGUCAUCUGUAAAACAGCAGCUUGAUGCUACGAGGCAGAAGAACUCAAUUCUCGAAGACAGAGUUGGUCAUCUUGAUGGGGCACUAAAAGAGUGUAUGAGGCAACUUCGACAAGCUAGAGAAGUGCAAGAGCAAAAGAUUGUUGAGGCUGUUGUUAAUAGUUGUGGUGAGUGGGAAUCAAAUAAAUCUGAACUUGAGGGGAAAGUUGCUAGUCUUGAAGCUCAACUUCAAACAGCUAAAGCAGAUGCUGCUGCAUCGAUUCGUUUUGAUUUUCGGCAAAGGCUAGAAGCUGUGCAGAAAGAGAAUUCGAGUCUUAAACAUGAGCUGCAAUCUCGACUAGAGGAGCUAGAGCUGAGGAUAGUUGAGAGGGAUUUGAGUUCUCAAGCAGCUGAGACAGCUAGCAAGCAACAUUUGGAAAGUGUCAAGAAGGUUGCUAAGCUUGAGGCUGAGUGCCGAAGACUGAAAGCCAUGACUCGUAAAACAUAUUCUGUCAAUGAUAACAGGUCUGUGACUGCAUCUUCAGUUUAUGUUGAGUCUUUCGCGGAUAGCAUGUCCGAUAGUGGAGAGAGGUUACAAGCAGUUCAAAGUGAUAUGCGUAAAUUAGGUGGAUGGGAGAUGAAUGAAUGUGAGCUAAGUCGUUUUGAUUCGUGCGCAUCUUCUUCAGUUAUGGAAAUUGAACAAUUUAAGAAUGAAAAGACUAAUGGAAAAAAUCACAUGGUCCCUUCAACUGAGAUCAAUCUCAUGGAUGAUUUCCUUGAGAUGGAAAGGCUUGCUGCAUUUCCUGAGAAUGAAAGUAGAAGCAAUUUUGUUAGGGAAGGAGUUGGAUCAGAUCAAUCUAAUGUUGGUCAGGCUUCAAUGGAAGCUGAAGUAGAAGCUUUGAUUCAAAAGAAUGUUGAAUUGGAGAAUAAGCUGGGGAAAAUGGAAUCUGAAAUGGAAUCUAUGAUUCAAAAGAAUUCUGAAUUGGAGCAGAAGCUAGAGAAAAUGGAAGCAGGGAAAGUUGAGGUAGAGAUGGUUUUAACCAAGUACCAUACGCAGCUUGAGACAUCAGAGAGUCAGAUAAGAGAAGCAGAGUUGAAGGUCGCAGAGUUUCAAACCCAGUUAACUCUUGCAAAAAAAUCAAAUCAAGAAGCAUGUGAAGAACUAAAAGCAACAAAAACAAAGAAGGAGAUAGUCGAGUCUACACUCAAACUUACUCAAACUGAGGUCGAAGAACUGAUUUCAAAAAUCCAUUCUUUGGAGGAAGAGAUUCAGAAGGAGCGAGCUUUGUCUGCUGAGAAUUCAAUCAAAUGUGGAAAGUUGGAGGACGAGCUUUUGAAAAUGAAACAAGAAGCUCAUGUUCAGCAAGACACCGAGAUAAAGCAUAGGAAAGUUGUCAAUCACGAGUUGAAGUUAAAACAGUGCUUGGCAUGCUCUGUGCAGGAAAAGGAAUUUGCAUUGGCUGCUAGUAGAUUUGCUGAAUGCCAGAAGACCAUUGCCUCUCUUGGGCAAAAGUUGAAGUCCCUUGCAACUUUUGAAGACUUUCUACUUGAUUCAGACAACCAUGUGGAGUCAACUUGUGAAGUCACAAAAGGUCCUCAAAACGGUGAACAGAUGAAACUACAUCAUAGUGAUUUGAGCAUGCCCAAAACAGAUUCUGAGUCACCCCUUUCGUUAAACUCAUCAGUUACCAAUGAGAAAAGCCGUAAUGGCUUUGGUAAGUUCAUCCCUAGAAGCAAGAGUGUAAGCAAAAGAGGAAGUCACUGA